AUUGGGUCCAAGUUUUUUAUUUUGUGGCGAUAAGGGACCGAAGUUUGUCAAGUUGCUCUGUUAGGCCAGCUUACUUGCGAGCGAAGUUGUUGGUCACUUGCUGUCUAUAUCGCCCUUUGCUGGGUACUUCCUCAUCUCAGAGAAAGAAGGGCCGCAAGAGCUACAGGUGACCAGAAGCCCAGACUACCCUUUGUGCAGCGGAGGCUGCCUCGGACGUGUGCUGGCCGCGUGGGCGGAGUUCUCAGCGGGAGUCGGCCGCGCCCCUGACGGGCCAGCUCCUGAGCCGAGACCCCACCAGCCAUGUACAGUGGCCUGCACGCCGAGGCGCCGGCCUCCUCUCCGCUGCGGCGGCGGCGCCAGCGACUCGGCCGCCGCCUCUUCUCGCUGUCGCUCUCGUCAGCCGGCAAGAUGCUGCGCCGGCGGAUUCCUCAGGCCGGUCACCUGAUGACCUCCAAAUCCCUGUGGAUGACGGAGGUGCCCACUGAGGACUGUGACGUGGUGGUGACGUUUCCGCCGCGCACCUCGGACGACACGGUGGAGUGGUUCAUGGGCCGGAUACGGCAGCGCACGGACCUGGUCGUCGCGGCCCGGAGACACCCGGCCGACAACACGCACCGGCUCUACGUCACCGCCUCCACGCCGAGCCUGCUGAAGUGGGCGGAGCUGAACGAGCUACCGAAGCGAAUGAAGGCAGAACAUGGGGGAGGCUUCAAAGAGUUCACCUUGCAGAAUGCGAACUUCUUUGAAGGUUUCGAGGACAAAGACUCGUUCCUCACGAACCAGGAGCGACAGAGCCUGGUGUUGUGCAUGAUCAACAACCUGCGGGCGUCAAAGGGCGAGUCGGUCGCAGGCCUCAAACUGAUCGAAGGACAGGCCAUUAUUCCCAAGUGUCUGUCACGCGGCGUGGUGGCGCAGAUGUUCCCGCUGCACGACCUCAGCAAGCUGAAGCGGCUCAACACCGGCUGGGUCCGCGCCUUCGCCAGGCGGCAGCCGCUCGACGACGUGGCCGAGUACUUCGGCGUGAAGAUUGGCAUCUACUUCGCCUGGCUGGGCCACUACACCCGUGCUCUCAUCCUGCCGUCGCUGGUGGGCAUCGUUUACUGGGGGGAGCUGCAGGUGUCCGAGGUGACGGGCAAGCUGGAGCUGACCUACCCCUGGUGGCGGCGCAACGUGCGGCGCUAUCUGGUCGGCUGGCCGCUGACGGCCGCCUGCAUCGCCGGCGACAUGUUCGUCAUGUGGACGCUCCUGGAGCUGCAGUUCUGGUGGGAGAAGCACACACACGUGUGGGGUUACGGCUCGUGGACCAACUACUUCCCCAAGAUUCUGAUGGCCUUUACCAUCGGUCUCAUGGAGAAUGUCUACAAGAAGGUCGCUGUUUGGCUCAACGAAUUCGAGAACUAUAGACUGGAGGAGAGCUACCAGAACCACCUGAUUGUGAAACUGGCGUUGUUUCAGUUCGUAAAUUCCUUCGCCUCAUUAUUCUACAUUGCCUUCUAUCUGCAAGACAUGGAGCGGCUAAAGAAGCAACUUGGAACCCUUCUGAUCAUCCGGCAAGUGGUGGGUAAUAUCAAGGAAUCUCUAAUCCCAUUCCUGAAAGGCCAAAUGAAACUGGCCCAAAUGAGCUUCGCCAUGUUCGGUGCCGUCUCGCCGUCUAUGGAGGAGAAGCCGAAGCUCGACGCCAGCCCAGCGCCUGAAGAUGGCAGCACUUCGCCCCGCUCCGACGCCGGACGCCAGGCAAGAAACAUCAGCCAGGCUGAAAUAGAGUCGGCAAUGCCUCAGUACGAAGGCACGUUUGAGGACUACCUGGAGAUGUUCAUUCAGUUCGGCUACGUCAUCCUGUUCUCGUCGGCCUUCCCGCUGGCCGCCUUCUGCGCCCUGCUCAACAACGUGAUUGAGAUUCGCAGCGACGCCUUCAAGCUAUGCGCCAUCUUCCAGCGGCCGUUCGGCCAGAGGGCGCGCAACAUCGGCACGUGGCAGGACGCCAUGGAGGUGAUGGGCGUGGUGGGCGUGAUCGUCAACUGCGCGCUGAUCGGCAUGUCGGGCCCCGUGCACCGGCUCUUCCCCGACAUCUCCACCACGCAGACUGUGCUGCUGGUCAUCGUGCUGGAGCACGCGCUGCUGCUGCUGAAGCUGCUGGUGGCCUACGCCAUCCCGGACACGCCGGCUUGGCUGCAGGCCGAGAUCGCCAAGAUCGAGUUCAACAGACGCGAGGUCCACAAGCGCUCGCUGUCGUUCGGGUCCAGCUUCUCGUCGGUGGACUCGAGUCCGCAGCACCGCGGAGCGCCGGCCCCCGCCGCCCAGUAGUCGUGGGCGGCGGA